AUGAGUUUGAAUACCAAAUCGAUGCGGGACAGGACUCCAAAGUGCUCGAUUGUCCUCAGCAAUGUCUUAGCGAUCGUAUUUCGACCGACAUCAACAGUACACAACUGCGAAAAUAUUCGCAGAGACGACUCGUCUGAAAGCGGCGAUUCUAAACCGUCGCAUCAACUCAACGGAUUAGAAUUAUUCCACGAAUUCAAAGAGGCGAACAAAUCUACAAUGCUAACAAGGCUAACGGAGAGUUUGAGCGAGAUUCGUCUGAAAGGCUGGGUUUUUCCGUUCACAUUACUGAUCAAAGGACCACAUGAAGAUGUUGAAGUGAUCAAGGAGGCUUGGAGACGCCAUUUUCUCCGGAGCCCGGAUAAUUUUAUAAUCAAAGAUAUAGGUAAGUUUAUUUCAGUCAUUCAAGUAGUUUUUUUUUGCUUUUCAGAUUGCGAUCAGUCGAGAUAAAAACGCUUUCAUGAACUCGUCAAUCAGCUUUGCGGGGCUUUCCUCAGAAACUGAUACCUAGAAUUAUUGCUAAGUGUUCCUCAACGUAAUUUGCGUUUAAUUAGACUGCCGAAACCUACUCGCAUUCAAAACUUAUCAUGUUUUGAGCACCGCAACACAUCCCUCAGGGGAACUUGUUCUGACAUCCUGAUCUGUGGAGAGGGAAAAAAACGCUGUAACUCGUUCGAUCUACGCGCACACAGUUAGCGAGUUGUUAUAGGCAAACAAGUAGAUUCUCAGAGCAGGUGUAUAUAAAACAACCGAUGACAUAAGUGCAGAUAGCCGGUCGUACAAUAUUACAGUUCUGUUAUUUCUCAAUAUGAGUUCGCAAGAAUGUUCUUGCCGUGCCAACCUUAGCUUUAUGCGAAAACAAUGUAGUGCAUUUAACUCAAACACCCUACUACGAUCUAGUUCGCUGUUCUGGAUUCACUUGCUAAUGCAGUUACUUCUUUGUAACGUCUUCAAAAUUACACAGAUUAAUAAUUAACACGCUUUUAAACUGAACAGAAAUAUAUCGUUUUAAGAUAGUUCCAGAUAAUCAUGUGCUUCUGAUGCAUUUUACUAUUUUGGUUUUGGCUCAUUUGAAUUUUCCAUUAGGGACAAGAGGUUUUGCUUGACUGGAGAAGAAAAGCUGCGGGCUUCCGAAUGAUAAAUAAGUUUUUACAUGGAUGAUUUCACCCGUGAAUCUGUCGCAGUUAUGUCUCUCAAACAACCAAACUGUUUUCGACAUGAAACACGGUUCUGACUGCUUCAGGCUUUUAAAGCUACAACGAAGAAACUAAAACAACUCCGGAGAUUUUCUAUUUGAUAAACAUAUGAUCAACGUCUGAGUCCAAAAUUAAGUUCAUUUGUCUAUUGUGACGGCUAUUGUCAAUGAAGGCUUUGACAAAUGGCAAAGAAAGGGAUAUUUAAGCGUUUCCACGCGUGAUAUCUUUAAUAAGCCGUGUUCUUGAUGUUUUGAAUGAGUUAAACAGUUCACCGAUACAAAAGAAUACGAUACUAGAAUCACUCUUUAUUAGUUUUCUUUCACUCUUGGACUGAUAGCAGGGUAGCACAUUGUUUCAUUUCGCUCUGCGAUUCAAAUGUUGAUGUUGUCGCACACUGCUCAUUUGCAAAACCUUGGCUAUUCUUUCCAGCCGGAAGUCAUGCUUUUAUAGUGAGUUUUUCGCCGAAAGCUAGGAUUAACAGGAUCUUUCCUGUUCAAAUCCAAUUGUGUUUUUCAAUGGGAAAGGAAUGUCACACAAACUUAAAACAUCUAUCUGUACUCUUAAGUACACAAUAGCAUCAAACAUGGUACAAGCAAAAAGCAAACUGCAUUUGCAGAAGACAUAAUGUCUCGAAUAUUAAAUGAAAACCGGCGGGAGGUAAGAAUCUCACUUGAUUUUAUCAUGUUAUUUUUAUGGUAACUUUUUAUGGAACUUCACAGGGAUUUGUCCUCAAGUUUGAAUUGCAGUUAUUUUCAGCAUCAAAGUAGAUGAGAAUAUUGCUUUAAAAGCCUCCCGAAUGAGAAGGAAAAUUUGAACAAGUGCGAGAAGGAUUGUGUUCGCUUUAACGAUUUUAAGUGAGCAGUCUUUGUCUUCUGCCGUGCAUGACCCGCUAAGACAGUGGGCGGUCCAACUAAUGGGAAGAAAAAUAAAAUUUAGUCAAAACAAAGUAAAAGGAACUUUCAUACUGAGAGGAACAAGGAAUAAUUUUAUAGCAAGAUGAUUAGAAGAGAAUUCGUUUUGAGCGCAAAUGUUCACUGCAGCACGCAAUGUUUUCAGAGAAAAGUUGAAAAGUUUCGGACCAGAGUCCGAUUUUGUUCUGCUGAUAUAACUGCAUCGUUUAAAUUUUUUGCGGUUUGGGAAAGAUACUAUUCCUGUAAACCUUAAGCUUUGCAGUAAUUUGCCAAGUAUUUUUCCUAAUGCACUGUAGUUGUUCUAGAAAACAUCUAAACAAAUUGGUGUUUACAUUUCGGCUGGCUAUGAGCGAUAUUAAGAAUUUUCACUUUUUUUCGGUAAUUUGCUCCGAAGAUAUGAGUAAUGGAAAGAGAGGAGCCCUUUUUUUCAAUUUUAAAUAAUCGUUUCCGUUUUAUUUUAUCUGCUCUCCGUCACAUCAACAUUAGCUGAGUUUUCGUGUUCAUGAAAUGUAACACCGGUGCGCAAAUUCAAGAAAAGCCUAUUUAAAAUUUCAGCAGUGAACAAGUAUGGUAAUAAGCAGGAAAUAAUGGUACUUAAUUCUUGUCAAACUAAUUUUUCUUUUAACCUAUGCAAAAAAAAGGAAAAAUAGAGAAGAAAAGGUAACUUGAAAUAAAUUUUCUUUACUACACUUCCACGUACACGCGCGUGCCCCUCUCCCACGUACACGAGCGCGCGCGGAUACGAUUUGCACGCACGUGAGUUUUCUUCUCGUGCCAUCCGCGCUGCAUCAUCUUAAAAAUUACUGCAGCGAAAUUGAACUAGUGAAUUGAAUAGUGUUCAUACGAUACCGACUCUGUCUGUGAUGUUCCUCAAUUGCUUUUUUUUCUUUCAUUCGAUAAAUGAAAAGUCAGCGAACCGUUUGAAUAUUCCGAAACUGCAAAACCUCCCCCUCUGUCUCAUAUUUUAUCCUGAUAAAUACAUGUUGCUGUGAUGAAAGUUUUUCACCUUCGUCGAUUCAGGACUGAUAAUAGAUUUCCUUGGGAGUACUUGCCUUUCUUUACUUGAAGCCAUCAUUAUGACAGUUGAUUCUCUCAUUCCCGGUCCAUACAGUUGCAAAGAGCUUCGAUAGUCGAUACUCAAUACAAAGCUAAGUUCGAGUAAUGAUUAAAAAAUUAAAAGAGUAAAAUUUUUACAGAAAUACUAGGAUUAUUCGAAAACAAAAAGUGAGGCACGCCUAGCCUCUCUCCCAUGGAGCAACAGAGCCACAUUGAGAGGGGUGGUCAUGAAAUAAGUGCUACACUAUCGUCCGGCUGGCAAUUUUCCGGCUGUUUCAUUAUAAUUCAAGUCGUUUUCUCGACCAAGAGGGGAUCACAUGCUCUUUUACUACCCCCCCUCCCCUCAACCCCACACACACCCCGCGCACGCCUCCCUUCACCGGUUCAUCAAUUCACACCCAUAAUCUUAAAAAGUUUUUAGCGGGAAGUUAUUCGUUUCAACUUUUCUCACGCGCUUCAAACAUUACUCUCCCCAGGCGCUGUAAGCUCUGUUGGUAUGGAAGUUAUCCAGCAAGCUCCAUUCCUUCCAUUAACCAAGUCUCUGAUGGAAACCAUAGCUGCCUUGAAUAGCAGUCAGUUGACAGCCACACAGCAAUCGAUCGCGGAAUACCUGGCAAGAACUUACCAAUACGUACACGUGCCGAAACUCAAUGUGAUUCAUGACUGCCUAGGAAUUCUGAUCAAGGAACGUAGAAUUUACCACACAGGUAAUGGAUACUUUGUGAACGGUCAUAACCCUUUUAACAAACCCACAGACGCGCCAAAAGAAAAUGGCGAGGUUCAAAGCGCGAAAGAAUCGAAGUGCGUGGCGUGUGAAGUCAUUUCAAAAGGAAAAUCAGCGAAAAAUGACAAAAGUAAGAAAAAAGGUAAAGGAAAAGGAGAGGAUAAUGUUAAGGAGAAGGAAAAAGAAAACGAGAAGAGCAGAGAGGAGGCCAAAUUGGAGCGAAAAGCUUCAGUAUCUAGCACUGAGACUAAAGAAGCCAGAGAUGGGAAGUCGUUGACGCCGCAUACACAGGAAGAGACAACAAAGCCUCCGAGUGAAACAGCGAGUGAGACAAGCAGCGAAGGAACAAAUAAGAAGCCAAAGAAACAAAAGAAAGGUGUACUCAAUCAGAUAUCCUGUUUUAUCAAAGGCAAAACCCUUUCCUCUGCAGAGGUAUCUGAAGAUACAAUACAGGAGACAAACAUUCUACCCACCUCUCCCCUUGCUGCUCCAGAGGACAUGUCGCCCUUCCUCAUGAGAAACGAAAAAAGUGUUCUCCAACAACUCAGAUUUAAAAGGACUUUGUCUGCCCCGGCGGGCCAUUCACCUUUGUCUGCGCCACUUCCGAAGCUUCAAGAGUCCAACGAACGAAAACUCAAAACACCGACUCCAAAUCUCCAGGAGCUUGGCAGAAGUAAGUCCUUUUCCGCCACAGAAAAGCGCCCCCAGCUUGUCAUGCGAAGCAAUUCAUUCACUGCUCCAAGCACAGCAACCAGAGUCGCUCGUCAGAUUUCGACCGAGGGUGCUCCUGUGACUUGGGACCGACCACGCCCAAGAAUGAACUACGGAGACAUCAUUCGGAACACACCAGGGAGACGAACAAUCCAUAUCUCUCAACCAAAUUCGUACAAUAUGGGAAUUAUCAGACCCAUGAAUGCGUCUCAACAGCAACCGCUAUCACGAAACAGCCCCAUCACAAGAGAAAUCCCCCGGAAGAUAGAAGGGUCACUGUCACCUUCCAGUAUCCCUCGGUCAUGUGCUUCUCCCUCGAGUGCUCCUCGUUUAAAAGAAAACUCAAAUCAUGCCCGUGUCCCUGUGAUGCGGAGCAAGUCUUUCACGGAACCAGGCGCAGUGAAGCUUCCAAACCGUCAGUUUUCCCAUCGCCAAACGAUCGGGUCACAUUAUGAGUCUCCUCUGCAGCAGCUGUUGGCGAGAAAUACCCCGGGCUACACCUCCCCUCCGAGUAAAGUCGUGCGUGUGACAACUGUUCCUAAAGGAGUCAGGUACCAUGUCCCAGCCAAACACUUACCUGCUUCGCUUAAGAGGACUACACCCGGUACGUUCGCCCGGAAGCAGCAGAAACAACCAUCAACUUUGCCUCAGAGCGGAACUCCUCGAGAGAAACCACCGCCACGCACCGAUUUCUCUUCGCCUAUCUUCUAUGAUACGAGCAAACUCGCUGACAAAGGCAAAAAUUGCUUGAAUAAUGACAAUGUAAAAAAUGCUGGCGGAGAAGCCAAGUUUCAGACUCCAGUCUCUCAGCCAAACUGUACUUUUCAGCAAGCCCGCGGUGCACCAUCCAAUGGUGUCAGCAGUGAAUACAUUUGCAUAGAAGAGAUGUCGUCAACAUCAGCUUCCGAAUUAACUCUAACUGAAGAGAGUGACAGGUGCACGGAGACUAGGAACGAAAAUGAAGACAGAACACAGGGCCUUUACAAAAAAAUCACCGAGGAUACUGUUAAUGAUAGUUUAACAUUUAUUGGUAUUAUUUAGUAAAUAUUAAGGCUGGUACUGAUACUUGAAGCUAGAAAUGAUUGCAGUUUUUUAUCAAAAAAGAGGAAUCGACUAGUUAAUCAUGGGAAAAAAUACAUCUGUCGUGUUCCUAUGGCACGUUGUGCCAACUAAGAUUAUUUUUGCCUUCUCGGAGAUUUGCUGAAUUCGACGCGAGGUAAAAAAUAAUUAAAUUCGAUGAUUUUGUAGUCUGAUAGAAUUUAGUACGUCAAAUUUUGUAUUCAAAUGAAAUGAUUUAGGUUUCUAGAGAGGUUUAUCGGUAGAAAAAUAGAGAAUGUUUAUUCUUAAAAUGAUUUUGAAAGUGAUUUUUUUAAUGAUUCUUGUAGAAGCUUUUUUGGGAAAUGGUGAUGAUGAUAAUAGACCAAAGGAGCACAUUUUUAGAAAAUUUUGAAAACAGAUAUUUGAUACUAAAGUAAACUACAGUAGAUAUCAUAAAUGCUGCAAACUGAUUGGCUAAACUAUACUUGUUAUCUAUUCUAUGAAGACGGGGGAGUACUGGUAAGAAGCAAAACAGCGUGCGGUUGUAAACAAAAUGAAAAAAGAUAUAAGCCUGUCGUAUUUAUAAGUUUUGAAAGACUAGCAGAUUUAAAGCAAAGAAUUAGAUCAUUUGCUCUCGAUUUGUAUACGUAAUAGUUGCUUCUUUCUUCGCCUUCGUCAGCCCUACACAAUAGAAAUCUUGAGCUCGUUAAACAUCAGUAUUAACUGAAGUUGCUUGUCACAGUUGUAGAAGGCAAAAUAUAUUGUCCAAAAGAGCAAGGUGCGGAUUUUUUUUCACCCCUUCUCCACUGGUUCUGGUCCUCCUUUUAUAGUAUAGACCUCUUCUUUCUUGACAUUGCCGACAAUUUUUCAGGUCGCAGAAAUCUGAGAUAUUUUGGCAUUAUAUUUCUCCACCUCUGGCUUCAGUUAUUUUGCAAGUGGAAUAAACUUUAUAAAUAACUUUGUAAAUUAUUAUUUCCAUUCGCGUUGAUACAUCGUUUAUACACCGUUACGUUAACUGCAAUCCAGGUGAAAAUCGUUGGAGUCUUGAUGUAUCAAACGAUAAAUAGCAG